AAAAUGAUAUAUGUCGUUUGGAGCCAUCCCUUUGCUCUUGCCUUAUCCUCUUCCUCCUCGGACUUCACUUCUAAGUCUCUCACAGCUGAACCAAAGCUUUCAUCCAAUUUCUACAUCUCUACUGUAAAUUAAUUAAUCUCUGCAUCAGUGGCGCCUAGGCGGUCCAUUUCUCGGUGAUUUUCCGCUGAAAAUGGCGGCAGCGGCGGCGCCAACUGAGAUUGCUCUGGGAAAGUGCAGCUACCCCUCAGUUUCAGUACCUUUCUCUUCCAAACUCAUCCCCCUCUCUCGCAGCAAUUCCUAUUAUCAUUAUUACCGCAGCAGACCCACCAGGAGCUCCUCCGUCUCCGCCGCUUCCUUCUCCUCUUCCUUUUGGGGCGGUGGCGGAGAAUCCCCUGGCGCGGUGUUGGAUUUGAGAGCAAAUAAGAAGAAGAAAGCAUCGAAAAAAUUGGAAUUGGGAUGCGGAAAAGUGGGCGCAGUGGCUUCGUUGGGAGGUCUGUUGGGUGGGAUCUUUAAGGGCACGGACACUGGGGAGUCCAUGAGGAAGCGCUAUGCCUCUGCCGUCAGUUUGAUCAACGGCUUCGAGCCCCAAAUGUCUGCUCUCUCUGACUCCCAAUUGAGGGAGACUACCUCCGCCUUGAGGGAGCGAGCUCGGAUGGGUGAUGCUUUGGAUUCUCUCUUGCCCGAAGCAUUUGCUGUUGUAAGAGAGGCUUCAAAAAGGGUUCUUGGUCUUCGUCCUUUCGAUGUCCAACUUAUAGGUGGCAUGGUUCUUCAUAAAGGAGAAAUUUCUGAAAUGAGGACUGGAGAAGGGAAGACCCUUGUUGCUAUUUUGCCAGCUUUCUUGAAUGCUUUAAGUGGGAAAGGAGUUCAUGUUGUUACUGUGAAUGAUUAUCUAGCUCGAAGAGAUUGCGAGUGGGUUGGUCAAGUUCCCCGAUUUCUUGGAUUGAAGGUUGGCCUAAUCCAACAGAACAUGACAAGUGAACAAAGGAGGGAAAAUUACUCAUGUGACAUCACUUAUGUCACCAAUAGUGAGCUUGGUUUUGAUUACUUGAGAGAUAAUCUUGCCACGAGUGUUGAUGAGCUUGUCUUGAGGGGUUUUAAUUAUUGUGUGAUUGAUGAGGUUGAUUCCAUCCUUAUUGAUGAAGCAAGAACUCCUCUCAUUAUAUCUGGCCCAGCUGAAAAACCAAGUGAUCGGUACUAUAAGGCAGCAAAAAUAGCAGCAGCCUUUGAGCGAGAUCUGCAUUACACUGUUGAUGAGAAGCAAAAAACUGUUCUGCUCACAGAACAAGGUUAUGAGGAUACUGAAGAAAUUCUGGACGUAAAAGAUUUAUAUGAUCCCCGUGAACAGUGGGCAUCUUAUGUUCUGAAUGCGAUAAAGGCAAAAGAACUGUUUCUCAGGGAUGUGAACUAUAUCAUUCGUGGCAAGGAGGUCCUCAUUGUUGACGAGUUUACUGGUCGAGUUAUGCAGGGAAGGCGAUGGAGUGAUGGACUUCACCAGGCAGUUGAAGCAAAAGAAGGUUUGCCCAUACAAAAUGAAACUGUAACCCUAGCUUCAAUUAGCUACCAAAACUUCUUUCUGCAGUUCCCAACACUUUGUGGAAUGACGGGGACUGCAGCAACUGAAAGCACAGAAUUUGAGAGUAUUUACAAGCUAAAAGUUACAAUUGUCCCAACAAACAAGCCAAUGAUAAGAAAGGAUGAAUCAGAUGUAGUUUUUAGGGCAGCUACGGGAAAAUGGUGGGCAGUUGUUGCUGAAAUCUCGCGAAUGCACAAGAAAGGCCGCCCAAUAUUAGUUGGUACAACUAGCGUCGAGCAGAGUGACUCAUUGUCAGAAAAGUUGCAAGAAGCUGGGAUCCCCCAUGAGGUUCUUAAUGCAAAACCAGAGAAUGUGGAGAGAGAAGCAGAAAUUGUAGCACAGAGUGGUCGUCUUGGGGCUGUUACAAUUGCUACCAAUAUGGCUGGCCGUGGAACAGAUAUAAUCCUUGGCGGUAAUGCUGAAUUUAUGGCAAGGUUGAAGCUGCGUGAGAUGCUUAUGCCAAGAGUAGUCUUGCCAGUAGAAGGAGGCUUUGUAUCAGUGAAGAAACUGCCUCCAAGAAAGACAUGGAAGGUGAAUGAGCGUUUAUUUCCAUGCAAAUUAUCUGACAAGAAUUCCCAGUUGGCUGAAGAAGCUGUAGAGUUAGCUGUCAAAUCAUGGGGUCAGAAAUCACUAACUGAGCUAGAGGCAGAAGAACGGUUAUCCUAUUCUUGUGAAAAGGGCCCUGCUCAGGAUGAAGUUAUAGCAAAACUGCGUGGUGCCUUUUUAGAAAUUGUUAAAGAAUAUAAGGUUUACACUGAGGAAGAAAGGAAGAAGGUUGUGUCAGCUGGUGGACUUCAUGUGGUGGGUACCGAACGCCAUGAAUCACGAAGAAUUGACAAUCAGUUGCGUGGACGAAGUGGUCGGCAAGGGGAUCCUGGAAGUUCCCGUUUCUUCCUUAGUCUUGAAGAUAACAUCUUUCGGAUUUUUGGUGGAGACCGAAUUCAGGGUUUGAUGAGAGCUUUUAGAGUUGAAGACCUGCCAAUAGAGUCCAAGAUGCUGACAAAAGCACUGGAUGAAGCUCAGCGGAAAGUAGAGAAUUACUUUUUUGAUAUUCGGAAACAGUUAUUUGAGUUUGAUGAAGUCCUCAACAGCCAAAGAGAUCGAGUAUAUACAGAGAGAAGGAGAGCUCUUGAAUCUGACAAUCUCCAAUUUCUUCUUAUUGAAUAUGCUGAAUUGACAAUGGAUGACAUCUUAGAGGCAAAUAUUGGUUCUGAUGCUGCCAAGGAAAGCUGGGAUCUUGAAAAGCUCAUUGCAAAACUUCAACAGUAUUGCUAUUUGUUGAAUGAUUUGACCCCAGAUAUACUGAGGAGCAAAUGUUCAAGUUAUGAAGACUUGCGAGAUUAUCUUCGUUCUCGUGGUCGUGAAGCGUAUCUGCAAAAAAGGGAUGUUGUGGAGGAGCAAGCGCCGGGUUUAAUGAAGGAAGCUGAGAGGUUCCUCGUUUUGAGCAAUAUUGAUCGGUUGUGGAAAGAACACUUGCAAGCAAUUAAGUUUGUUCAGCAGGCUGUAGGCUUGCGUGGAUAUGCACAGCGAGAUCCACUCAUCGAGUACAAGCUUGAAGGCUACAAUCUGUUCUUGGACAUGAUGGCACAGAUAAGAAGAAAUGUUAUAUACUCCAUAUACCAGUUUCAACCUGUGAUGGUGAAGAAUAAGGAACAACAAAAGAAAGAGAAAUCAGAUAAACUUGUGGCUAAUGGUGCUGAUGGUAAGAGUAAGAAUCCUGGUCCAGUUAGUCCUGUUGACUCUUCAUCAGCAGCCAGCCCCAAAGUUAGCGCCUAGGCGUCAAUGAAGAAAUUCCUGAAGAAUGACAAGAUAGAAAAGGCCUGAAGAAAUUCCUGAGGAAUGACUAGAUGAGAACAACCUGAAGGUUUCUUUAAAUUCUCUGUCGAACAGUUGGUUGGAGGCAGUGAAGUGGAUGCUCUUAUUGAUGUGUAUAUUAAACUGUUGGUGUAUUUGGGCCUUGUCAAUUUGUUUAGAGAUCUGCCAAUUGUAUUAUAGGCAAACCACAAUUGAAAUUGACAUUGAAAUGUAAAGAAGUUUGAAAGUUGAUGUAAUCAUAACCCCUUAGUUUUCAUUUGCCA